AUGACUUCGCCGAACGCCAACUUGGCGACCCCAGUCUCACCUCCUUCCACGAACGCAAUCCCUGCACGAGAUGCUGAGCAACCUGAUAGCUCCUCGAAUUCCAGGACCUUCCCAUCAAGAUCUUCGAGUCGCGGCGGAGGGCGGCAAGGCGAGAGUGGCAGCCAAGAUCAGUCCUCAGAAAACCUCGUCGGCAAUCUCUUCAAAAGCCGCGAUGCGCCAUCCUUCUUCGGCUCUUCAUAUUUCGGCCCUCAAGCCGCCGCAAAAAUCAUUCAAGCGCCGGCUCCAGAGCUAUCAAGUGGUCUCAGCUCAAAACCCCAGGCGGGAUCAACUCAUUCAUUCAGAGAAGAGAAUGGCCCCUUCUCUCAGAUUUGGGAUCUCCUCGGACUGCUACCGCGCAAGAAGUCCACAGUCGAUAGGCUGACGGAAUGCUUUCUUAACGAGCUCAACUGGGCGAUUGACGCGGUUCAGCCAACCUCCUUCAAAGCCAAGUACGAAAACUUUUGGUCUCGCAAGUUCGGCUUUGAUGACUUUGCCACGAUCGAUCUUCGCUGGCUGGCCUUGCUGUUCAUUGUUUUGGCCUAUGGGGUGUUGUUGGAUUGCCCAAGGCCGCGGAACAGGGAGGUUCAGCGUGAGGUCUAUGACACAUCACAGCGGUUCUACUGGGCUGCUCGGAGAGCCAUUGUGAUUGCCCCGACUUUCUAUGGCGAGUCAACGGAUCUCGUGCGAGCUGGUGUUCUGGUCACUCGGUAUCUCAUUUACACCCGUCGUGUACCGGAGUCGUGGCUCACAACGAGUUUCGCUAUGCGGAUGGCUCAAGCGCAGGGCAUGCAUAUCGAUGGUGAACGGUGGAGACUUCCCAAGAAAGAAACAGAGACCAGGCGACGACUAUGGAGUAAUCUCUACAUGCUCGAUAAAACCAUAGCACUAGCUCUCGGCCGGCCGUUUGCUAUUGUUGAUCAACAGUGUCUUGUUAAACAGGCUUCCAAUGUCUGGCUAGACGACCUAGAUGACGAGGAGGCUGCCUCAGUCCCAGAAGCACCCCUUUCUGAGCCAACCGCGAGCGUCUUCAGCCGGCUCGCUCACGAACUCGCCGUGGUCGUAGGCAAGAUUCAAGAGCGAUGUUUCGGUCUAUUCACAGUUUCAUAUGAGACUGUUCUCACGCUUGACAAAGAGAUCGAUACCUGGAGAGGCAGGCUACCACCGUAUUUCGAGUUGGAGGACCCGGACAUCUCCAAAGACGACCGUCUCCCUUUCCUCCCCUGGCAGAGAUUACAUCUGCACAGCAUGUACCAUUUCACAAGAGUCACACUACAUCGACCGUUCCUUCUCCGCCAAUCCAUCACAAAUCGGUACAGACACAGUCACGACGUAUGUAUAGCUUCCGCCUGCGCAGACCUUGACAUGGGUCUCAGAAUGUUCAAUCAACCUCUGAACGACCGCUUGAAGUGGAGUCUGGGACCACAUAACCUCUUCAAUAGUGCUCUUGUUCUGGGCAUCAUAGCUGUCCGUGACCCUCACUCUCGACGUUCUCAGGCCAUCCUCGAGGACUUAUCUGCAUACUGCGAGAUGCAGAGAAAUGACGUCUGGCUCAAUGAGUUUGCCCUCGCUGAAGUCAAAAUAGUUGAGCUCUGUGUCAAAAAGGCAAGGCAAUCUCACCCGCCACCAGCCAACACCCUAGUACCGCUAGCUCUGGCUUCAGCCUCACCUAGCAGGCGCUUCUCUCAGCCCGUUGGCCAACCGCCAGUAAUGGAGACACAACCUCAGUUGCCAGUUGAAAGUCCCGACUUUGAUCCUCUGAUGGCUGGUCUGGGACUUCCUUACAGCACGACAAGCGCGCAGAUGACGUGGGAUGAUCCUGGAUUCUUUCUUCCCGAGAGCGGAGACCUAUCGCAAUGGGAGCAUGUUAUCAACACUCUUAUGCAUGAUCAUGCAAGCAUGUGA